AUGUUGGAUCUGAAGGCUGAGCUCGAGGCCAUGAGCAGAUACACCAGCCCGGUGAACCCGGCUGUCUUCCCCCAUCUGACCGUGGUGCUAUUGGCCAUUGGCAUGUUCUUCACCGCCUGGUUCUUCGUUUAUGAGGUAACCUCUACCAAGUACACACGGGACAUCUACAAAGAGCUGCUCAUCUCCUUGGUGGCCUCACUCUUCAUGGGCUUCGGGGUCCUCUUCCUGCUGCUGUGGGUCGGCAUCUACGUAUGA